AUGGCAUCGGAAGAUUCUAAGGAUUCGCCCGGAAAUACAGAGGAAGAUUUGAAGAUUUUUGAGACACUUUGUAUUUCUUCACCAGACAAGUUUGAUCAAGAGGAUAUGACGCAUGACGUCACAACAAGCUUAAGAAGUGAAUUAGCAGCUCUGGAAUACAAACGAGACCGACUUUCAUCUGAACUUCAAGAGAUGAAGACUACGUUGAGAUCACGAGACCAGAGGGUAACCGAAUUACAGUUGGAGGCUGAUCAACUUCGUGAGCAAGCCGCUAGACAAAAUUCUAUAAUUUCUAGUCUUAAAAAAAGGAUACAAGAUCUCGAAGAUAGAGAGAGAAAUCUAUAUGCGACACACGGGCGGACUGAAAUAACAGUUCAAAGUUUACAACGUGAUGUUAAAUAUCAUGAAGAAAAAAAUCGGGAGUAUGAAAAGAAAAUUCGACAACUAGAACAUCACAUCACGGAAGAAACUGAUUUAAAAGAACGUGCGCGGUUAAAUUUACAGGACUUUGUAAGAAGAUUAGCGCAUGCAUUGAACAGUGAAUUUUGCGACAGUACACACCACAGUCCAGAAAUGGUGAUUCACAAAGCUGAAGAACUUGUCCAGGAAGUUAAUCGACUCCGUACCAAGAGUAUUAAUUUUGAAAGCCAAUUAACUAGCGUAGAAGUUGAAUCUAAGAGCUGCCGAGAUUUAUUAGAACGAUCUAGUAUUGAAAGAGAUCAAUUGCAACGACAAGUUAGCACGCAAUCAGCUGAACUGGAACGACUUCGUCAGGAUAAAGAGUGCCUUGAAAUGCAGUACAGGGUCACCGAGAGGGAAUUGAAUGAACUCAGGGACAAAUUAGUGAAUGCUAAUAGAAAUCUCACGAGUAUUACAGGAAAUGUUUCUAGUCAAGAAACGCUCAUUUGUCAAUUACGAGAUGAUCUAAAAAACCGAGAAGAAAAACUCUCUCGAGUACAAAACGAACUGCGUCAUCUUCUUGAAUCUUUGGCAAUACUCGUUAGCACUCCGAAUAGAUUUGUUGAGUCUCAUGAGAAUUCAAUAAAAGAUCGGAUACGUGAGAUCAUUGCCGAAAACAAAGAUCAUAUCCUUAAAAUCCAUAGCCUGAAAGAAAAAUUAAACGGAAUGUCGGAAUCAUCAAACCGGCAAAGUGAGUUGUUAGAGUCAAGUAUGAUAAAAAUAAGGAGCCUUGAAGAUGAUCGUGCAAGUUUAGAAUCUAAAGUUCAUAAAUUAGAAUCUGAAUUAACAAGUUGUGAAUUGACUAAGGAGUCACUCAGGCGUGAUAAACAUAGUAUUACAAUAUUUUUGGAACGUCUGGGCAAAGCUAUGCAAAUGGACGAUAUUUCUCAAGAAAUCGGUUUGGAUCUUCAAACAGAAGCUCUGUUAGUACGAGCUGAACAGUUAGCACGCCUUGAGACAGAUAAGCUCGUCGACAAGACAUCUGUUGUUUAUCAACUUCAAAGACGAGUAAGAACUCUACGGGAACAAUUGCAGCGACGGGAUUUACAUUUGGAUCUAUUGCGUAGAAAGCUUUCACUGCAGGAAGAUGGCGUGAGAAUUAAGUCGAUUUUACAAGCGGAGAGAGAUGACGCUAAUUUACGAGCUAAAAAAGCAAUGAAGCAAAUAGAUCGACUGCAAAUACAAUUGGCGGAAGAAAAAUCUCGGAAUCGUGAAUUAAGCGCUCAAUUAACAGAAGCUGCUGAUUACAAGAUUGCGGCGUUAGAGCGCAGUCGAAAAAUAGAAGAGUUGCAAAAGCGUCUAGUGGAGAGUGAAAUGCUUAGAACCCGUUACAGCAGAAAAUUAACGAUGCUGAAAGAUCAAAUGCGGACAACGGCUGAGAGUGCUGAUCAAGAAAGAUCGAUUAAUGAUCAUUCAUUACAAUUACUUAGAGACGAACUGGCUCAGGUUAAACAAAAUUUAGCGGAGGUCACCAGAAGAGAAUCACAAUUACAGUCUUUCCGAGUCUCUGUUGUUAAAAUACUCUCGGAACCUAUUUGUACGCCUGAUUAUGAAAUUAUUUCGCGUUUGCAAAAAAUGGUAUCAGCUCAUCGAGACUUUACAAUGUUAUCGCGCAGAUAUGACGAGCCUUUGGAGACCAAUCCAUCGCGUUGUACUAGUAUCCAUCCAGUCCAUUCAGUUCAUCCACCUCGGUCUCCUGGAUCCCGCUGUACACGUUACGACGACAGUGGUUUUGCGGACCCACCUGAUCUUCACGAAAUUGACGAUGAGUACAAGCGACCUGUGAGAAGUAGUUUGCUGCCUUGA